UGUCGGGGUGGUAGGUCACGCUAAGUACGCGGGCGAGGUGCGAGAACGCGGUGAGGUGAGGGCGGUCCGGACAGCGGCGGAUACGGCGGUGGGUGCCUGUCCUCGGCGCCGUGGACUGAGGCUACCUUCAUCGGUGGUGUGGGAAGGCAAGACGCCACUGGAACUGGUUUGGGAUUUGUUCUCCGGAGCGGUGGAAAUUGGAGUCUGAGUCAUGACGUCAACAAUGAUCUGCGGUCUGCUGGUGGUGGUGCUGCUUUCCGUCGGAGGGGUCCGCUCCGAGAACGACUACUUCUACGACGAGGAGCAGGAGACGGAGGUUGCCUCCGACGCACGUGCCCAAGUUCGUCAGUCAGCCCACCGCCAAGUCUGUGGAAGAGGGCGCCACCGUCACCCUGCCCUUGCCUCGUCGACAAUAUCGGUGCAGGCGUCCUCGUCUGGAAGUCCGGCAAGGACUUGAUCUUCAUGAGCUCCAUCAGUCAGAGCACUGACAAGCGCUUCAAGCUGGAGAGCAAAGGCAAACAUGGCAGCAACCUGGUCAUCAAUGACGUCAUGGCCAGGGACAGCGGCAACUACGAGUGCAUGAUCACGUCCAACCCGCCCGUCAGCCUCAAGCACUCUGUCCAGGUUCAAUAUGCACCGGUGGUGACCACGAGGCCAGAGGGUGGUGUGCUGGUGGUGGAGGAGGGCCAGCAGGUGACGCUGGCCUGCGAGGCGGACGGCCGACCGGAGCCCACCGUCACCUGGACCAAGAUGGAGGGCCUGCUGCCGUACGGAGAGAAGAAGCAUACGGGCGACCACCUGGACAUCGCCGCCGUGGAGAGCGACCACAUGGGCCACUACGUCUGCACCGUCGACAACGGCGUAGGCUCACCUGUGGAGAAGCAUAUUCAUCUCGAGGUCAACUCCCAGGCGGACCUGCAGCAGAUUGCCCCCCAGAUCGCCCACCGGCUCAACAACGAAGUGGUGCACACGGCCCCCCCGCCGGUCACGAGGCCCCAGCUGGAGUGCAGCAUUCACGGACGACCAAUGCCUGAGGUGGAGUGGUACCGCGUGAAGCGGACGGCCCUGGACGAGGACCACUACCAGCGCUACCAGGAGGGCCACCUGUACGGCAUUCGGAUCGCCGAGGUCCGCGACAGUGACCUGGGUGUCUACAGCUGCCAGGCCGUCAACGAGCUGGGCAAGCUGGCUGCCACAGUGCUCCUGACAGGCAAACCGAAGCCUGCCAUCAUCAGGUCGAAGCCAAACGGCAACCAGAGGGAGACGUACGCCCUAAGGUGGAGCAUGGAGAGCUUCGCGCCUCUGCUGGAGUACAAGAUUCUCUACAAAAGAGUGUCGGACAAGGGCGAGUCUGCGUGGCAGGAGGUCGUGUCAGCGUACCCCAACCGCUCUGACAACAGUACCAUGGUCGUCCACAAGAUGACCAUGAUGCUGCCAGAACUUCAGCCGGCCAGUGUGUAUGAAGUCCUGGUGACGGCCCGCAACAAGUACGGCUGGAGCGAACAGCCCGACACCACCUUCCGCUUCUCUACGCUGGGAGCCAAUGCGAAGACCGCCAAUCCAAAGGGUGGAGAGGCGCUGGUCUCGCCAAAAGGCACCGGCGCCGCCGAGGCACCACGAGCAGGAGUGGCCUGUCUCCUGAUGCUCCUGAUGCCUCUGAGGGCACUCUGGUGAACUGCAGGCGCAGGCUAGGUCUGUCCUCGCUGGCCCGGCCUGAGGACGGCUCGCAGUCACCCAGACAACUGCUGCGCCUCCCGGGGUGACCGCGCUGUCAGCCCGCAGGACUGCUAAGGGACGUGGGCGUGGCGUGGCGUGACGUGAAGUGACGUGACGUGACGUGACGUGAAAGGACUGCCACACCGGCGCCUCCGCUGGACGAGUGUGUGGCUCGUGUGAGGCUGAGCCAUGGCUCCCAGAGAACCGCGGAGUCGCAGGACGCCAGCGCCGCCCGUCAGCGGGGCAGGUGGCGCCACCAUCUCACCCCAGCACGCGAGGGACGCGGCCGUUGCUAUGCCGACCGUGCGUGAAGUGUUCUGCGCAGCGCAGACGACGCUAUCGUCUCACGCCCGGGAGCGGGGCUACGUCUGACAGAAGGCGCCAGCGUUGCCAAAUGACUGGAGUGGCCUCCGGCCUGUUGACCAGGAGCGAACUCCUGCCUGCUGACCAGGAACAAACUCCGGCCUGCUGACCAAGAGCGAGCACCGGCCUGCUGACCUGGAGCGAGCACCGGCCUGCUGAUCUGGAGUGAACUCCGGCCGACUGGCCAGGAGUGAGCACCGGCCUGCUGACUUGGAGCGAGCACCAGCCUGCUGACCAAGAGCGAACUUCGGCUUGCUAACCAGGAGCGAACACCGAACGCUCCGACUAGUCCAGAGCGUGGCUGAAUAUGUCUGUGCGCGUGCGCGCGUGCAUGUGUGUGUGUGUGCAUAUGUGUGUGUGUGUGUGUGUGGCCGAACUGGGCGGCCACCAGCGUGGAUUACCCAUGGCUUCAGCGCCGACACAGCGGUGGUGCUCUCGCUCCCCGUGGCUGGUGGUGAGGUCCACCACGCGAACGCCGGGAUUUUUGCUGCUUGCUUGAGUCGGAAAAGACGAACUGGUGGCGUCAGUGGACGUUUCACCAGCGGUGACGUGCAGGAAGAGAUGGUUUGCGCCUGGCUGAGUCAGCUUGGUCUGUCCGUAACGGCUCGGUCGCUUUGCAUGGUGCCUGACAAGUCACCGGGACCCGGCCACGUGAAAGGGAGACCAUUUUCGCGGUGCUGAACUACCUGCGAACUAUGUCAAACAUAACUGCCUGCGCUUUAUGACGGUGCGUCCGAUGACUGAUUCUGCUGCUAGCUGUGGCUGGUGUUGUAACAUCCAUUGUAAACAGCGCAUCAGCCAGUGGCGAUGGUUGCCCGUACUCGUGUUGUCGUUUAACAAGACCGGGCCAGUCCGAUGCAGCUGCCUUGCCACACCUGUCAUCAUCCUAGCUGAAAGGCAAGCCACACCAGCACCAUAUCCGUCCUAAAUAGCAGCUCCGUUACCACGUAGGCCCUUUGCUCUGUGGUAUGAGCUAGCGACGGAUACAUGGGUUCCUCUGCACGCUGUAUGUCUUGAUGGCUUGGGCGGCUCGAUCUGUAUGCGCGCGCGUCAGUGUGCUUGUGCUUCGUGUUUCGUUCACCGCGGGCAGACGUCAUUUAAACGGGGCCUGUUACGUUUUAGCGGUACGGUCAAGACACGCGACCAAAACACGCGUUUACGCCGCUUUGUUGCGUGUUUGAGCUGCUGCAUAUCCAUCACAUCGCGGUUCAGUGAUUGGUUCGAAGUUAACUGAAUGAUGUUUCAUGUGAUUUAACUUCCUGUAGUUUAUUCAGAUACUUUACAGCAACAAUAGCAGCUCAUCUUGUCCCCAGCUUCAAAAUUGUGUGCGUACAGUUUGUUUUGUGUCUGUGUCGCGUACAGCAGCAUCACAAUUUUUACAACAUGAUAAGCAAUGCAGCCUG